CGAAGGCCGAGGGGGAAUGGAGAUGAUGGCGAUGAAGAAGACAGCGGCGGUGUUUGUGGUCAACUUGCUGCUUUUGGUGGCAUUUUGUAGUGCGAUCGAAUCACCGCAGUACACACUAAUCCACAAGGAGUCGGAAUUCGAGAUCAGGCUCUAUCAACACUCUGUUUGGAUGUCCGCGCCUGCUCUUCUUCAACUUUCCUUCCAGAAAGCCACCUGGAACGGUUUCCAUAGGUUGUUUCAAUUCAUACAAGGUGCCAACCUUAACUUCUCUCGAAUUCCCAUGACUGCUCCGGUGCUGACAACAAUGGUCCCCGGAGCUGGACCCCUCGAAUCACAAGGGUAUUAUGUUAGUCUUUACUUGCCUGUCAAGUUCCAAGCCACCCCACCACUCCCAUUGCCAGAACUCAGCAUCAAGCCCCACAAAUUCGCCAGCCACUGCAUUGCGGUCAGAGAGUUCUCUGGUUUUGCCAAGGAUGAUAGGGUUGUCAAAGAAGCUCAAAAGCUUGCCACCUGCCUCAGCAGGUCCCCUUGGGCUGACUCAACUCCCUCCAGGAGUUCUUACUCCAUUGCUCAGUAUGAUGCUCCUUUUAAGACCGUUAAGCCCCGGAACGAGGUUUGGGUCGACAUUGAUGCCCCUGAUUUGGGUUGUAAAUCAGUUGAUGUUGCAGCAUAUUGAAAGAAUUGUUGUUGAUCACUUGAAAAAUAUUUUUCUUUUUCCCUUUUGUAACUGGAACUGCCUCCUUCAUGUGGUCUAUAGUUUGUGCAUUUGUUUUUCCUUUUAGAAUGUGAAAAAAUAAUUAUUUUAUUAGUCAAAUUCUACAUAUAGGAUUUGGAUGGUAGAAAACGGUAUGGAAAGAAAAGUACAAAUUUCUAUAUCAAGUAGUAAGGGGCGAUCCGCGCUCCACAAACUAUGGAUUACAACAAUCAAGUACCGCAAAAAGGAGAAGUUUAUCUACUUUUUAAUAACCAAAUGAAAUGUCUUUCACAACAAUCAACUUUUCACAAAGCUUAGGCGAGUUUCUACAAUUCUAUGUCUAUGUUUUAGACAUAACGUUGCUUUAAAGCUAAUAAAACUUAACUUCUGUAAAGUGGAAAAUACCGGUACAAAAUUGUCCUUAGUCAGUGAAAGCUCCGGCGUCACGGGAUCCACCAGCAGACCCAUGAAAAAU